AUGGAGAUCGAUCCCAGCAGACGAAACAAGAAGCCGCGCCUCUUGCUGGAGUCGGAACGCGAGCGUCUCGAUGAAUUCAUUGACUCCAUCCACUACUCGGCAAGAUACUCAGACGACAAAUACGAAUAUCGCCAUGUGCAGCUGCCGAAGAACAUGCUCAAGAAAAUCCCCACGGACUAUUUCGACAGUUCCAAAGGCACAUUGAAAUUGCUGUGGGAGGAAGAAUGGCGAGCGUUGGGCAUUACACAGAGUUUGGGAUGGGAGCAUUACGAGGUGCAUGAACCGGAGCCUCAUAUCAUGCUUUUUAAGCGUCCUCUCAACUAUCAGCCCCCAAUGGGUCAAUAA